UUAAACAUACAACUAAACACUGUAAUAACCAACCAAAAAUGUAAAAUGAAAAAAAAAUCAAUCAGAAAAAUCGAUCUAUCAGAUACAAGUUAACACCCGUCUUACUUUUUUUUUAUAUAUAACAAAGACAAACAUGUAUUGGUGGUUAUUUCAGGACUCUAGAAGCUCAAUGUAUCCACAUGAUACCGGUAGUUCUGACAGCAGCGAGCCAGCUGAUCCUGACCAGACAAUUAGAAGAGGUAGAGGUAGAGGUAGAGGUAGGGGCCGGGGUCGUGACACCCUCAGGGGUGUAAGAGGGAGGGGCAGAGGACCAAGGAGAGCUUCAAGAGGAAGAGGUCAACCACGCAGGGGAGCUGCUGAUGGACCCAACAGGGCUCAGGUAGCAGCAGCUACUUUAGAGGAGAGAAAUCGUCAGUUGCAGGAUAGAAUUUCUCGUCUAUCGGAUUGUGACCUGAGGGGACUUGUUGUCGAUAUCGCAUCACAACACCCUGAAUUCGUGUUCGACGUUUUGGACAGGGACGACGGACAGCAUGGCGGACAUCAUCCUCCACCAGAUGGUCCUACCCCGGCCUGGUGUACCUGCACAUAUUGCCGGGAAAUGCCAACGGAAGCAGAGAGACGAUGUUGUGGCAGAACUAGACCAAACUGCUACUCAAGACUGCCUGACUUCUACUUGAUUGUCCUGGACGAGGCAGUUCUUGCAGUGGCAAGAAGGCUGAGGGAGGAGUUGCUCGUCAUGCCCCCUGAUGAAGACCUUAAUAGAGCAAACAGAUUUGCGGCCUACAGGCAGUUCAUAGUCUGGCAACAUGGCAGACUUGGGGCAGGGAUUAGACGUGUGAUACCCAGCUGUUGUGUUUGGCGCAUCCGGGACAAGUAUCCCAAUCCAUUUGGACAAUAUAAAGGUUUCGUUGGGGGGAGGUUCAAUUGAAAUUAAAUUACAUUUGCA